CGGGUGUGGCGCGGAGAGGGUGUGUGCGCGUUCGUUGAAUCGCACACUCGCAACACAAUCUCAAGUUGAAGUUAAAAAAAAUAAAUGGACUUGUAUGCUGUACUGUGUUGGUUUGGAUCGCUCGCGACCUCGUCAUCAACGACACCGAGCACACUCACUAGCUAACACUUGCUGUUGUGUUGGUGAGCCAGCUACCAGAGGAUCUGCUGGAUGUAUAUUUUGUACCUACACAACUGCAACGAGUAAGACUAGUGUGCUCUGGGUUGUGUUGAGACUUGAGAGAGUAGAGAGUGUGCUGUUGAAACAGCGAGACUGCUGGUGUACUGCUCGGGUUGAGAGCACGAAGAGCCAAACGGGUGGGCACGAUUUGCGACAGGGGCGUAGAGAGGCGUUCCUUGAUCGGGUCCUCGAGGAGGGCCUUCUUUGUCCCGCGACUCCUUGGCUGAACCCCUCGCACGUGCAUCCGUGAUAAACCACCGGGGUAUCGUCAACUUCCUCGUGUGCUUGUGUCUCUUGAUUUUAUCUUAGUAAUAUUUUAAUUUCCUUUUUAUUUUUUAUUCAGUUCGAUUAUUUAUUUACUUUGUGCUGGUGAAUUUUUGUUAUCUUUUUUUUUUGUUAAUUAAAACGCACUGACGCUAACGGAUACGCGAUGCCAAAGUGGUUAUGGAUGUUUGAUCGUGUGUAUAUCCACAAAUGUAUAUAUGUGAUAACGUGAUGCUACAUGUAAUAAAGGGUGUUAACUUGGAAAGUGUAAAGUAAGAGAGAAAGAGAGAGAGAGAGACUUAGACUUAAGAUAAGGAGGUAAAGGAGUGGGUGAGAUAGAAUGGAAGGGAGAACUAUAGUGGUGGAAACAGCUGAAGAGGAACAAGAUCCUCUGCAGGCACAAGCACAGACUCAAGAAACCCAGGAUCAGCAGCAGCAACAGCAGCAGCAGCUAGAGCAGCAAGUGUCUCAACCUCAGUUACGGUUUCUCAAUGCCAGUGUUCUCCAACAGUUGCAACAGCAUCAGCAAGAAGUCCAGCAGCAGCAACAGCAGCAAGUUCAUCAACAUGGACAACCCCAAGUCAUCACACUCCAGCAGUUGCAGAAUUUUGUCCCCAUGUCCCAACAGCAGCAUGACCAGCAGAGACCUCAAACUAUUUCAGUACAAACUUUACCACAGCAAUUUUUACAAGGUGCUCAGUUGAUAAAUAGCCAAGCAGCUCUGCAGCAGCAGCAACAGCAGCAACAACAUGGACAGCAACAACAACCCCAAGCCCAACAGCAGCCACAGCAGCAGCAGUUGAGUUACAGUGUGAUACCACAAAUGCAGACAGUAAAUAUUGAUGGCCAGGAUGCACUUUUCAUUCCGUCUUCGCCAAUGACCUCGAUGGCUGCUCAUCACCAGUCAUCGCCGACAAUGCAAUUCACAACAGCCAGUGGGCAACAGGUCCAGCUCGCAUCUCAGCAAGUUCAGUUGGCAAAUGGCCAGACAAUUAUCACUCCCCAGCCUGUCAGUUUAAUCCGAGCACCAAAUGUCUUUCCAACCUCGAUUAUCCAAAAUAUCGGGGGUCAAACAGUACAACUGCCUACAGAUUCCAAGGCAACCGUGGAUGUUUCAGGACAAAGUGUUCAAGUAAGGCCACUGCAGUUUCCACUUCAGCAUGUUCAGCAAACUGUGCCUGUACAAAUACCAGUUACCACCAACAAUGGACAGACAAUAUAUCAGACGGUGCAUUUUCCAAUUCAAGCGCUGUCGAAUGUUUUUAAUAUGGGUCCACAAAUGAUGCCACAAAUAACCCAGCAAAUUCCCCAGAUGGCGCAAAUAAUAACACCUAAUGGGCAAAUCCAACAAGUUCAAAUAGCAAAUUUAUCUCAGCUUCAAAAUCUCCAAGGUCAGCAGGUUGCCGCGCAAGUUGCUCAACAAGUAGCACAGCAGCAAGCAGCUCAGCAACAAGUCGUACAGCAGGUUGCUCAGCAUCAAACUCAACAACAGGUCGUUCAGCAACAGCAGCAGCAACAACAGGUCGCGGCAGCUCAAGCUCAGGCCCAAGCUCAAGCGCAACAGCAGCAGCAAGUCCAACAAGUAGUCCAGCAAGUUAUGCAACAGCAAGCUCAGCAACAACAGGCACAGCAACAACAGCAGCAAGUUCAGAAUCAACAGGCUGCUGCUUCAACACCAACAUCGAGCACCAGUUGGUCAACAUCCGUAUCAACUCCCGGCAAUGUCCAAGUUGUUGGUAUUGGCCAACUUGGUAGACCAAACUCAAAUGUGAUAACGACUAAAGACGGACAAAAAAUAGAACUGUCUACUCUAACGAGACCUGCUGACGGCAUUGAAAACGAAUUAAAGUUAACGAGUUUAGAUGCGAGUCAAUUGGCUGCCGGUCAAGUUAUUCAUAUACCCUCGGCACAAGCUACACAACAGACAAUCCAACCGAUAACGAUUACUGGCGCACAAGGUCAGCAGCUCACUCUCAUAUCAGCAUCUGCACUGACGAAUUUAGCAUCUCCACAGGGAGGAAUGAUGCGGAGUAUAAAUGUUGGGAAUGGUGGAAUAAUGCAGAUUCAACCAGGAACCGGCGUCAAUACACCCAAUGGAUUUUUACAGUCGAUACCUCUGCAAAAUAUACCCGGGCUAAGUAACGUUCAAGUUAUUCCAGCAAGUGCUUUACAACCUGCUACUGUUCAAACACUGCCAACUGGCGCUGGUGGAACUCCGAUUGUAACCGGUCAGACUGUUCAUCUGGACUCCAGUGAUCCAACAAAAUGGCAAAUACUGCAAACCAUUCAAGCUAAUGGCACGAUAGCUCCAUCUACUCCAGCUCCACAGCCACAACAGCAGCAGCAAAACACCACGACAAUAAAUAACACCGGAGAAGGUGAACCCAAACAGCAUCGACGACGUGUUGCUUGUAAUUGUCCUAAUUGCAGUGACGGUGAUAGGACACGUGAUAUAACGCAUAAACGUCAGCACAUUUGUCACAUUCCUGGUUGCAAUAAAGUAUACGGAAAGACAAGUCACUUGAGAGCUCACCUCAGGUGGCACACUGGAGAACGUCCUUUUGUGUGCAGUUGGGUCUUCUGCGGGAAAAAAUUCACCAGGUCUGACGAAUUGCAGAGGCACAGAAGAACCCACACUGGAGAAAAGAGGUUCCAGUGUCCUGAAUGUACAAAGAAAUUCAUGCGCUCUGAUCAUCUUACAAAGCACAUCAAAACGCAUACUAAAAUACGGAGCACCGAAGCUGCUACAUCGACGCAAGAAGGCUCAUCAGAUAGCCAAUCUUCGAGCGAAGAUAAAAUUAUAAUUGCGCUUCACAAAGAGACUGAUCAAGCGGACAUUAUACUGCCCGGAACUAUCGAGGGCUUGCAGAGUGAAACGCCGACACAUGUAACGAAUGAAUGAGCGUAUUAUACAUAAUUAUCGAUUAUUAUUAUUAUUAUUUUUUUUUUUACGUUGUAUAUUAUGAUUUUAAAAUUAGUCAAAGAUGAAUAUUAAUUAAGAACAAUCAUAGAUUUUUUAUAAGUAAAACUGGGUGCUCCAGUAGUCCAAGUAUUAGGUUUCUUUAAUCUAUAUAUAAUAUAUAUAUAUGAAUACAUAUAUAUAUUUUUUUUCUAUUUCUGAAUAUAGUAAUUAUUUAACGAUAUUUUUUUUGUGUAGUCUUUAGAAUGACGAUUUACAGGGAUUGCUAAUUCUAUAUU